CUCUCAGUUGUGGUUGUUGUGUGGAGGAAGUGAGGCCGGUGUGGCUGCGGGCUGUGGGCGGUGCACCGCUCCCGUCUGGCGGCUCCUCUUCAGUCUGUCAGUCGGUGUGGAGGAGAGCGGACGGAGAGGAGCGGCGCACCGGGACUCUGGAUCUGUAGCCUUUUAUACUGCAAGACCACAACCGAGCGAGCGACCGGCAGGAGCGGAGCGGAGCGGAGCGGCAUGGAGCUGUGAGGGCAGAGGGUCGACCGGGACCUGCUCCCCCCACCCCCCCCCAAAAAAAAACAAUCAGUUUGAUUUCUUUAUCUACCGCAUCUGCGAGCUUUUGCCCAACAUGGAGACUACAGGCUGCUGGCUGCGACUGGCUGCACUCUGCACCCUCCUCUGCCAACAAGCUGAAGGAUAUGCUUACAGGAACCAGCGCAAGUUCUCAGAAGAAAUCGACUGGUCGUACGCAGGAACAUUAAACCAAAACAACUGGGCCAAGAAGUUUCCAUCUUGCAGCAACGCCAAGCAGUCUCCCAUCAACAUCGAGGAGAACCUGGCCCAGGUGAAGCUGCAGUACCAGAAGCUGCAGUUUGACGGCUGGGAGAGUCUGACGACCGACGGGACGACCAUCAAGAACGACGGCAAGACCGUGGCGGUGGAUGUGGAUGGAGAGUUUUACGUCAGCGGAGGAGGCCUCAGGUCAAAGUUCAAGGUCGGGCGUAUCACCUUCCACUGGGGGCGCUGCAACGCCUCUUCGGACGGCUCUGAACACAGUCUGGAUGGAGUCAAAUAUCCUCUAGAGAUGCAGAUCUACUGUUAUGAGGCACAUCGCUUCGACUCAUUAGAUGAAACCAUCAAGGCCGGAGGCAGAAUCACGGCGCUCGCUGUAUUCUUUGAGACGACGGCUGAAGACAACAUGAACUACGCGUCCAUCGUAGACAGCAUCAUCAGUGUGAGCAGAUACGGAAAGAGCGCUGAGGUUUUGCCCUUCACUCUCCGAGGUCUCCUGCCCAACUCCACGGAGAAAUACUUCAUCUACAACGGCUCUCUGACCACGCCGCCCUGCAGCGAGGUCGUCGAGUGGAUCGUCUUCAAGAACACGGUGGCCAUCUCUGACGAGCAGCUGGAGAUGUUCUGCGAGGUGAUGACGAUGCAGCAGGCCGGCUACGUGAUGCUGAUGGACUACCUGCAGAACAACUACAGGGAGCAGCAGCAGCAGUUCAUGGGGCAGGUGUUCUCGUCCUACACCGGCAGCGAGGAGGUGCUCACGCCAGUCUGCAGUUCAGAGCCGGAGAACAUCCAGGCGGCGCCCUACAACCUCAGCAGCCUGCUGGUGACGUGGGAGCGGCCGCGGGCGGUGUACGACGCCAGCAUCGAGAAAUACUCCGUCAGCUACGGACUGUCCAACGCAGAAAACUCUGUCCCCGCUGAAUACCUGACCGACGGAGACCAGGAUGUGGGGGCGAUACUCGAUGAUCUGUCAGCCAACACCAGCUACGUGGUCCAGGUUGUGGCGGUCUGCACCAACGGUCUGUACGGACGUGUGAGCGACCAGCUGACAGUCGUCAUGCCCGCUGACGACCCUGAAAAUGCAUUGGAUCCAGAUUCAGAUGAAUUUGAUGAGGAGGGCAACUAUGAACCCGAUAUAAAUGAACCCGUCCAAACCGAGGAUUAUGAUCUUCUCUUGAAUCCUACACACUCCCCGAAAACUACGACUACUGGAUCACCUCUUUUACCUCUACCUGACAUCAGAACCACAACAGCAGCGUGGGGUCAGAGAAGAACCAGCACUGAUCCGGUUCCCCCAGUCAGAUCCACUCAGUCUGAUCAAAUCCUGAGUCAUUCGGAGGAGGCGGGACGCCGCAGUACCUCCACACAGCCACCAGAGGUCACCCUGUCACCAGAAACCAGCGGAGAUGCUGACUUCAGUGGCAACGCUCCCUUUUACUCCACAGCAACAAGCACAACCAAGGAAUUCUUCAUCUCCACUUCCACUACUCCUUUUUACCCCAAUACAGAGACAGAUGGCGUUCCUAGAGGCGUCAGUCCAAAAGGUGUUGUUAGUACCACCACUCCGACGUUCACCAGUGCAAAGACAAAAGGUGGAAAAGUUAUUUCUUCACACAGCAGCACGACAGCUACAGUGAGGUCUCGCACCGGUGACACGAGCAGCACAGCAACAUCAUCGACCUUCAUCCAGGCUGAGACCGACCAAGGCCUGGCGAGUGCCAUAAACGAAGACGGCAGCUCUGAACGCGGAGGUCUUCCAGCGAUCCAAACUUCGACCUCCCAACCUUCCUCCCCGAGUGACGCUGUCCCACGUAGUCCCACGAGUCCCAGUGUGCCUCAUUUUUCGUCCGCCGUGACCUCUGUCCGGUUGGGUGCUGUUCUCUUGCAGACCACGAAGCCGGUGUCCAAUGGUGAGCGCCCCUCUGUCCUCCCCUCCUCUUCCUCCUCCUCCUACGCCUCCUCCCCUCUGUGUGACACCGCGGACCCCGACACCGCCCCCUCCGCUUGCCUGCAUGACCCUCCCUCCUCACCUUGGCCCAUGUUGUCCGCCUCUGCAUCGGACUCCUCCCAGCAUGCCGCUACCGCACCGCUGUCUAGCAAAGACCCAGCUUCUCCUCCAACCCCCACACUCGCUGCCUCCACCCUGCCUCACCUCCCUCACCCCUCGCACCCCCUGUCUGGUUGGGCGACUGACCCCAUCUCCCGCGGUGUCGUGUUCGAUGAUACUGGUAGCGAUGGUGAUUUGUUGUCUGGUUCUCCGUCUUUGUCGGUUUCUUCAGGUCACCCUUUAGUGUUUAGCGAUACCCCUCCCCUCCAAACAAUGCCAGAUCCGUCUGGCACCGCCGUCGCUGCCGAGCUGUCCCAUUCCUCCUGGGAUCCGUCACUCUCUACAGUCUCCCUGUCUCUCAGCCCCACCCUGCAGCCCUCGGUUCUCCUUUCUAGUGACUUCACCCUCUCUGGUGCGACACCGGGCUUAUCCCACUCUUUCUCCGCUGGGUUUGAGGACUCGAGGUACGCCAAAGGGAGCUCAAUAGAAUCUUUUCUCCCAGAGGUCAGCGGUGACGGGUUGCUGUUAGCUAGCGAUGUGGAAACCAUGUGCGGCUGUUCUCUGGAGCCGUCGGCGUCCUCGUCCUGGUUGCAUGCUUCUCCUCAUGUCCCCCUGCCGUCCUCAGCCUGGGACUCUGCUAGCUUAGAGCUUUACUCGAGUGUUGGCUUCCCUUCGUCCUUUGGUGUUGGUAUAGACGGCGUUCACUCUGUGGCGGGUUCUGAUGGUCUGUCCUUAGACCAGCCUCUGCUCUCUCAUAGCGCUAUCUCUCCGUCAUCGUCCUCUCUACACCCCCACCUUCUCCAAGCCACCCAUAGUGACCUGCCCAUUUCUGUUGCAGCCACAGCGUCUGGCGUCAGGGAUCCUUGGUUCUUGGCGUCAGAUGGGAACUCUGCCCUCCCUUCCUCUCCCACAGCAUCCCCCUUCACCCCCACCCCCGAGGGACAGGUGUUAGACACUAGCAGCAGUGCAUCUGGUUCGGCCCUGUUCCUUGACUCCCAGGAGGGCGUAGAUCAGGAGUGGGACAGGGUUCAAACCUCGGCCUCGGGGGAUAGCGCACUCCCUUAUUCGACCAAAGUCACUAACAGCGAGUCUGGCCAGACCCCAGAUGAUUCGGACGACCACUCCUCAGCGUUCUAUUUUGAAAGCGAGAGCGGCAGUGCUAUGACCUCUGAGGUAGGAAGCACCGCAGCUCCAGUCACUCCGGCGGUAACCUCGGCUUCACCCUGGUCGCUGGGUGGGGAGGAGGAGAGCGGCUCAGGGCAGGGUGAAAGCCUGUACGACAACGAGACGUCCUCUGACUUCAGUAUCUCCGAGCGCAUGGAAAGAGAGUCGGAGGAAGAGGACCCAGUCGCAGACGCCAGUAACAGCAGCCACGAGUCGAGGGUCGGCUCGAUCCGGGAAAGAGAGAGGAAGGCCGUGGUUCCCCUGGCCGUCAUCUCCACCCUCACCUUCGUCGGCCUCAUCGUCCUCGUCAGCAUCCUCAUCUACUGGAGGACGUGUUUUCAGACGGCUCACUUCUACAUCGACGACAGCUCAUCUCCCAGAGUCAUCGCUGCCCCGUCCACAGCUGCAUUAACAUCUGAUGAGCAGACGGCUUUUCCAGUGCGGGACUACGUCAAACAUGUCGCUGAACUCCACGACACUCAGGGCUUCCAGCGAGAGUUUGAGAUACUGAAGGAGAGCUACGAGGAGGUGCAGGAGUGCACUGUGGACAUGGGGAUGACCACUGACAGCUCCAACCAUCCUGACAACAAGACUAAGAACAGAUACAGCAACAUCCUGGCCUAUGACCACAGCCGGGUGCGGCUCUCGUCUCAGGCUGAUAAAGACGGGAAGACGAGAGAUUACAUCAAUGCAAACUACGUGGACGGUUUCAAAAAGACCAGGUCGUACAUCGCCGCUCAGGGUCCUCUGAGGUCGAGCACUGAGGAUUUCUGGAGGAUGAUUUGGGAGCAAAACGCCAGUGUCAUCGUCAUGAUCACAAACCUUGUGGAGAAAGGACGAAGGAAGUGUGAUCAGUACUGGCCGACUGAGGUGCAGGAGGAGUACGGCAGCUUCCUGGUGACAGUGAAAAGCAGCAGAGUCCUCGCCUACUACACCCAUAGGACCUUCACCAUCAGGAACACCAGCGUCAAAAAGGCCUCCCAGAAGGGACGGAGCAACGAGCGGACAGUGACGCAGUACCAUUACACCCAGUGGCCUGACAUGGGCGUCCCAGAGUUCGCCCUGCCGCUACUCAGCUUCGUCCGCAAGUCGUCCAGAGCCAGGACGGACAGCGUGGGGCCGGUGGUGGUCCACUGCAGCGCGGGCGUGGGCCGGACGGGGACCUACAUCGUCCUGGACAGCAUGCUGAAACAGAUGAGAGACGAAGGCACCGUCAACAUCACAGGCUUCCUCAAACACAUCCGCACACAGAGGAACUACCUGGUCCAGACAGAGGAACAGUAUGUUUUUAUCCACGAUGCCUUAGUGGAGGCCAUCAUGUCCGGGGAGACGGAGGUGGUGGCAGCUCACCUGCACAGGUACAUGGACGAGCUGCUGACCCCGGGGUCUGCUGGGAGGACGCGCCUGGACAAACAGUUCAAGCUGGUUUGUCACUCUGGAGUGAAGCAGUGCGACUACUCUGUAGCUCUGCAGGACUGCAACCGCAGCAAGAACAGAAACUGCUCUGUGGUACCCGUGGAAAGGUCACGAGUGCGUCUGUCUACGUCGGCGGGGGAAACGUCAGACUACAUAAAUGCGUCGUACAUCACAGGUUACAGACAGAACAGCGAGUUCAUCAUUACCCAGAAUCCUCUGCCUGGCACCAUAAAAGACUUCUGGAGAAUGAUAUGGGACCACAACACCCAGGUCAUCGUGUCACUGCCAGGGACAGCAGCAAGUGUGAUGGAGGAUGAGGAGGGGGCGGCAUCAUCUGUCUUCUGGCCCCGCAAAGGGCAGCCAAUCAGCUACGAGAUGUUCACUGUCACUCAGAGAAGCGAGGGUCACGUCUGUCUGGCCAACGAGGACAUGCUGGUGGUCCAGGAGUAUGUGCUGGAAGCUACACAGGACGACUUUGUUCUGGAGGUGAAACACUACCGCGCCCCCCGCUGGCCGAACCCGGACAGUCCCAUCAGCAACACCUUCGAACUGCUCAACCUGGUGAAAGAGGAGAGUACUGCCAAGGACGGCCCUACUGUGGUCCAUGAUGAUGUGGGCGGAGUCACAGCAGGAACGUUCUGCACCCUAUUGUCUCUGACUCACCAGCUGGAGGCCGAAGGUUCGGUCGACGUCUUCCAAGUGGCCAAACUAACAAACCUCAUGAGACCAGGAACCUUCAGCGACAUCGAGCAGUACCAAUUCCUGUACAAAGCCAUGCUGAGUCUCAUCGGGACGCAAGAAGACGAGAAAACCCUCCAGUCCUCCGACAACAACGGGACGAUCGUGGUGGGAACUGCCAGCACCACAGAGAGCCUUGAAUCCCUGGUGUAACUGCCCAAAAAAAUAAAACAACCACAAAGAACUUUUAACUUUUUUAACUUUUACAAAUGAGAAACAGCAUUUGGUCUUUCCUCUUCAGCCACCAACAGAACUUCUCCUGAUGCCAGACUCACGCUACAGCUACUAAAUAAAAAAAAAAAUUCCUUGUCAUUCAGGACUGUGUGUGUUGUUGUAGUUUGAGGCUGGCACGUACCGAGCGAGUUUUCUUCUUUGCUGGAUCUGGACUCCCUACGGUUUUGUAAUGUGUGCCUUUUUGUAUUUUUCAUCCUGUACGUCUAACUUUGAUACAAGCUGUAGACUAACUGUCUGACGUUUUAACGCUGUACUGCCCUGAGAUGUUUCACUCAACUAACAAUCUUUUCCUAAACCUUUGUAUUUAUUGGCACUGAGCCAAAUGGGAUAAAAAAAAAAAGGGAAAAACUGCAUCUUUUUACAUCAAAUGAGAUAUUUUGUUAGCCUGUCUUUUAUAGAGCUCAUGCACUGAACUCCUCCUCUCUGUAAAUACCAUCGCAAUGGUAGCAGCAGUGUGCAAUUGAAGUCAAAUAUAAAAUAAGGGCCUGAAAUAAUAAAAAAAUAAUAAUAAUCUAAUGUAAAUAAUAUUAUAGUAAUCACCUCGAUGGACCAAAUUUCUAUUUAUACUUUUAGAUUUUUAUAUUUUACCAUUUUUAGUGCAUUCAAAUGUUAUGGUUUAAUUCUAAUUGCUUAGUUGGAGAACAUUAAUGCUUUUAUAUUCUGGAUUUUGUAACAGACUAAAUGUGAUGCAUGGGGUACUGACAUGUUUGUUUUUUUAGCUGGACAUGAAACACUGCUGGAUUAUUAGCUAGGGGAUUAAAUAAGUGAAACACCAAAGAAA